AUGAACCCAUCACGGAAGUUGAAUCCAACCUCCAUCCCAGAGUCUCCACAAAUGCUCAUCGAAGAAAAUUUCCGGGACGAUUCAAGGGCCUCUCAAAUCUGCUCCAAGACGUUGAUAAAGAACCUUAGUAACUUGACUAUCAACGCUUGUAGCGAAUCUGCUUCCCCUCUACCGGAAACUUCACUCCCUCGACAGUCUGCAAAAGCAACAGUCCUCAGGGAAAUCACAGAUGAGUUGCUUUACAGGGGGAGAGGGGUAAGAACAUUGCUGUCUGUGCAGAGAGAAAAGCGCGCCCGGCCGAGAUACAUGUUACUCGGCAGAGUUCGUACGCAUGAAAGAAUACCAACAAACAAUGGGCUUAAGGGAGUUAAGAAGGAAUCAAGACCAUUCAAAUGUCCCUGCAGUUUCUGCGUGUCUAACGAAUGGGAUCCUUCUGAGAAUGCUAGAGUAGGGAAUUACGACACCAAGCCACUUCAGCCAUAAAUCUUAUUCUUGCACCUUUUUUUCUUGCUGGUAAUUUUAUAUAGCAGGUUGAGAAAGCUACUCUAUGCUAGUAUAGACUAUACACCAAUAAUUUUGAUAAUGAGUUAUAGGAUGUAUUUUUCUUCUUGUAUCUUUUUCUUCCUACUAUGAUACUAGUAAUUCAUAAGGGAUCUGUGUAAUCUCAAUGUGUUUGAAUAACUUUACCUCUACUGUU